AUGCGGCCGGGCUCCCCUUCGCCCCCGGAGCAGCCUGCAGCCCCCGGGGCCGACGGCUGGGGUCUGGCGAGCGGCGGAGGCGCCCGGGACGCCUGGCCCCGCAGCCCGCUGGCGCCCAGUGAGAUGAUCACGGCGCAGAGCGCGCUGCUGGAGAGGGAAGCGCAGGAGUCCAGCACUACCGACGAGGAGCUCGCAGGCCGAAGGGCAGCCAACGGGAGCAGCGAGAGGGGCGGCGCCGCCAGCACCCCCGACUACGGGGAGAAGAAGCUGCCACAGGCGCUUAUCAUUGGGGUCAAAAAAGGAGGGACCCGCGCGCUGCUGGAGGCCAUCCGAGUCCACCCAGACGUGCGGGCGGUGGGCGUAGAGCCGCACUUCUUCGACAGGAACUACGAGAAGGGGCUGGAGUGGUACAGAAAUGUGAUGCCUAAGACUUUGGAUGGGCAGAUAACCAUGGAGAAGACCCCAAGUUACUUUGUGACAAAUGAGGCUCCCAAGCGCAUCCACUCUAUGGCCAAGGACAUCAAACUGAUUGUGGUAGUAAGAAACCCCGUGACCAGGGCCAUCUCUGACUAUACCCAGACACUGUCAAAGAAACCUGAGAUCCCCACCUUCGAGGUGCUGGCCUUCAAAAACAGGACCCUGGGGCUGAUCGAUGCAUCCUGGAGUGCCAUUCGAAUAGGGAUCUACGCCCUGCACCUGGAAAACUGGUUGCAGUAUUUCCCCCUCUCGCAGAUCCUCUUUGUCAGUGGUGAGCGUCUCAUAGUGGACCCCGCAGGGGAAAUGGCCAAAGUACAGGAUUUUCUGGGCCUCAAGCGUGUUGUGACUGAGAAACAUUUCUACUUCAACAAAACCAAGGGGUUCCCUUGCCUAAAGAAGCCAGAAGACAGCAGUGCCCCAAGGUGUUUAGGCAAGAGCAAAGGUCGGACUCAUCCCCGCAUCGACCCAGAUGUGAUCCACAGAUUGCGGAAAUUCUACAAACCCUUCAACAUGAUGUUUUACCAAAUGACUGGUCAAGAUUUCCAAUGGGAACAGGAAGACAGUGACAAAUGA